AGAACACACACAAACAUUCGUUUUGCCGCCUUCCCACCGCUCCGCCCGCGCAUCAUUGGUUCUUGCUCCACCUCUCAUUGGCCCCAUUUCCCUGCCCCCGCGGUGAGAGAGUGCGCCGUGUGUGUGUGCGAUUUCUGGUUCAGGUUCUGGCCGAGGCUCUAUAUCUCUUGCUUUUCCCGUGGCUUCUACUGCUGCUGGCUGCAUCUUCUUGGCUGCAAUCUCCGCUGCAACGAAUGCAACUGUAAACCGUGAAACGGGAGUGGGUCCAGAAGAAAAGCGAAAUCGGAGAAGAAAAUAUUGGAAGGAGUCAUACCCCUCCGGUUACGCAUAUUGUAUUAUUUGUUACUCAGUGUAGGCUCGAUGUGUUUUGCAUUGCAGCAACAAAACAUCCAAAAGCUGAGCAACUGAAGCAGAAACACAACCACACACACACGCGCACACGAGGGGAGCUAGAUGAGUAUUGGCUGUGCAAGGGAGAAGGCAACAAAUCGGGCAUAAUUUAUAGCCAGCUAAUUAUAAGAGAAAAGUGUGUUAUUCAAAUCGAUAACUACCAGGAGCGGUGGUUAUAGGCCUAGAAAGUAUUACCGCACGGACACACGACACCCAACACCGCACGCCCGACGCCUGACGCCUGACGCCCACCCAGCUGUGAAUCAGACCCCGCGUCGUCGCCGUCUAAUCCUCCAGCUUUGGUCUUAACAGCAGAACCAGCUUCCAGUUUAUCGGCUCGACUCGACAGCAAUAACAACAUGAGCCCGCCCAUCGUCACGCGACGCGGCGCCCAGCAAGCGAAGAUCCAGACCCGCGCCAUGGUCAACAAAACAAAAUCUUCUACAGGUGGCGGAACGACGUCGGUCGCAACCGCAGCGGGAGUAAUCGGCAGCGCAGCCGGCGGCGGCGGCGGUAGCGGCGAUUCGCGGAAAUCGAGCAAACCGAGUGCAGCCCUCUUGGAGGCAAAACGUCGCGCGCGCAAUUUGAUGAAAAGCCAGAACAACGCCAUGUCCAACCAGGAGUGCGUCACCGAUAUAUUUCAGAAUGCAGUUAAUGCCAAGGGUCUGGUCCGGAAACCCACGGCCCUUAUCUACGAUGAGACCAUGAGCCAGCACUGCUGCCUGUGGGACAAGGAACACUACGAAUGUCCUGAACGCUUUACACGCGUCCUAGAGCGAUGCCGGGAAUUGAACCUGGCGGAACGCUGUCUGGAGCUGCCGUCCCGCAUAGCCACCAAGGCAGAGAUCCUGCGCCUGCACACCGAGGAGCACUUCGAGCGGCUGAAGGCGACCUCCGGAAUCCGCGACGACGAUCGCAUGGAGGAGCUAAGCUCCCGCUACGAUUCCAUCUACAUACAUCCGUCCACUUUUGAGCUAUCUUUGCUGGCCAGUGGGUCCACCAUAGAGCUGGUGGACCAGCUGAUUACUGGAAGCGCCCAGAAUGGCAUGGCCAUCAUCCGACCACCCGGCCACCAUGCCAUGAAGGCCGAAUUCAAUGGCUACUGCUUCUUUAACAACGUAGCCUUGGCAGCCCAGCAUGCCCUGGACAUUCACAAGUUACAGCGCAUCCUGAUCAUCGAUUAUGAUGUCCACCACGGCCAGGGAACGCAGCGGUUCUUCUACAAUGAUCCGAGGGUAUUGUAUUUCUCUAUCCACCGCUUUGAGUAUGGCAGCUUCUGGCCGCAUCUUGACGAGUCGGAUUACCACGCCAUUGGCUCGGGCCCCGGCACAGGCUACACCUUCAAUGUGCCCUUGAACAGGACAGGAAUGACGAACGGCGACUACCUGGCCAUCUUUCAGCAAUUGCUGCUGCCGGUGGCGCUGGAAUUCCAGCCGGAGCUGAUCAUAGUAUCCGCUGGCUACGACGCUGCGCUGGGUUGCCCGGAGGGUGAAAUGGAAGUGACACCAGCCUGCUAUCCGCAUUUAUUGAAUCCGCUCCUGCGUCUGGCCGACUCUAAAGUGGCUGUGAUUCUGGAAGGCGGCUACUGCUUGGACUCGCUGGCUGAGGGUGCUGCUCUCACCCUGCGGUCGCUUCUCGGCGAUCCCUGCCCGCCGCUGGUCGAGGAGCUGGCCCUGCCACGCCAGGAACUGGCCGAUGCCCUUCUCAAUUGCAUUUGUGCCCAUCGACAGCACUGGCGGUGUCUUCAGAUGCAGAAAACCUACGAAAUUGACGAGCUUAAGGCAAACGACGCAGUGCAUCCCAAAGAUCUGCAUCUAGUUAGGCGCAUUUGGAUCGGAGGUCCGCCGCCGGUCGACCGCUACCCCACACGGGACACAGCUAUCCCACUGCCGGCCGAAAAAAUUGCCACCAACUCUGCCCGUUUGCAAGUGCUCCGCACAGAAACCAAGCUGUCGGUGCCGCCAGUUCGGGUUUGCUACGCCUACGAUACCCAGAUGCUGCAGCACUGCAAUCUUCACGAUGGCGGGCACCCGGAACAACCCUUUCGCAUCGAGAGCAUCCACCAGAUGCACAAGGACUACGCCUUGCUGGAUCGGAUGAAGCAGCUCUCAGCCCGGGCGGCCACUACAGAUGAAAUUUGUCUCGCCCACACGCGAUCCCAUGUGAACUCGGUGCGUCGUCUCUUGGGACGCGAUCCAGAGGAGCUGAACCAGCUGGGAGCCACAUAUAACUCGGUUUAUCUGCAUCCACGCACCUUUGACUGCGCUACCCUUGCCGCCGGAUCAGUGCUGCAGGCGGUAGACAGUGUGCUGCGCGGCGAGUCCCGAAGUGGCAUCUGCAACGUACGACCGCCGGGUCACCACGCCGAACCGGAUCAGCCGCAUGGAUUCUGUAUCUUCAACAACGUGGCUAUUGCCGCACAGUAUGCUAUCAGGGACUAUGGACUACAGCGUGUCCUCAUCGUCGAUUGGGAUGUGCACCACGGGAACGGGACACAGCACAUUUUCGAGUCCAACCCCAAGGUGCUGUAUGUGAGUGUGCAUCGCUACGAACACGGCGCCUUCUUCCCGAAGGGCCCGGACGGAAACUUCGAUGUUGUGGGCAAGGGCGCCGGUAGAGGUUUCAACGUUAACAUUCCCUGGAACAAAAAGGGCAUGGGGGAUUUGGAGUACGCACUUGCCUUCCAGCAAGUGAUAAUGCCCAUUGCUUACGAGUUCAAUCCACAACUGGUCUUGGUCUCCGCUGGAUUCGACGCAGCCAUUGGCGACCCCUUGGGCGGCUGCAAGGUAACUCCCGAGGGCUACGGCAUGCUCACCCACUGGCUCUCAGCUCUGGCCGGCGGAAAGAUCAUCGUGUGCCUGGAAGGGGGCUACAACGUGAACUCCAUUUCGUACGCGAUGACUAUGUGCACCAAGACGCUGCUGGGCGACCCAGUGCCAACUCCGCAGCUGGGAGCCACAUCGCUACAGAAGCCAGCCACGGUGGCCUAUCAGAGCUGCAUCGAAACGCUACAGUCCUGCCUGGAGGUCCAGCGCACGCACUGGCAGUCGCUGGAGUUCGCCGGCCGCCGGCUGCCGACUGAUUUCGAUCCGCUGGUGGGCGAGAAUAACAACGAGGAUUUUCUUACUGCUUCCCUGCGGCAGUUGAAUAUCUCAAGUGAUCAAAUCCCAGAGGCCGCCCCGGGCGGUUCUGGCGGCGAUCGACCAGACUGCGGCGAGGAGCGGCCCAGCGGCAGCAAGCCCAAAGUCAAGGUAAAAACGCUCACCGAGUAUCUGCAGGAGAAUAAGGAGGCCCUUGAGAACAACGAGAUGUUUGCUGUGUAUCCGCUGAAGACGUGCCCCCACUUGAGCCUCCUGCGUCCCGAGGAGGUUCCGAAAUCAAUAAACACAAGAGCGGCGUGCAGCGAGUGCGAGUCGUGCGUGGAGAACUGGAUGUGUCUCAGCUGUCGGACGGUGGCCUGCGGUCGCUAUGUGAACGAGCACAUGCAGUUGCACUGCUUCGAGAGCGAGCAUCCACUGGUAAUGAGCCUCCGCGACUUGUCCGUUUGGUGCUACGCCUGCUCAUCCUACAUCGAUCAUCCCCGCCUCUACGCCUUCCUCAAUGCUGCUCACUUGGACAAGUUCCGCGAACCCAUGGCUUGGACGUACUCGUGUCCCAAACGCGCCGACGGCUGCUAUCCAAUGGGUGCGGACGGGAGGGAUGAAGACGACAGUGCCGCAGGCUGCAGUGGCAGCAAUAUAUGCAUUCAAUUGGAGCGCAACCAAAACAACUGACCCUUGGCUAUACGCGUGCUGGACGGAAUAACGGACUAUAUAUGCACGCUCUGUCCGCCGCUCAGACAUCUCCUCCAGUUCCUGGCCGAGCACCUUUGGCCAAUUGUUGAGCGUAUUUACCUAAGCCUGCUGCACUACUUCCUGGCCAACUAAUGGUCCCCUCCCCAAGCUAUCGCACUCACCACUGACUCCAUCCAUCCCCCAAGCCCGAUCCCGUCCCCCAUAGAAUAGACAACAGAAUAUAAGAAACUAACUUUCACUUGGGAGCUGCCAGCUGGCUCUGCUAAUGUAUACAAGUACAUAUAAAUUGUUAAUGUUAUUAACUAAUGAUUAUCUAAUAAAGAUUUCGAGUGUUUUAGACUAUGACUACUAAAAAGUA